GGUUUGUUGGGACUUGAGGAUCAGUUCUUUGUAGCCGUCUCAAGGUUUUGGUCAGCAUAUAUUCUCAAAAUAAUGAAAAUCGUCUUCGUUUUGUGCUUAAUUGCACUUUCAGCCACAGCAGCUCCCCAAUACGGACCACCACCAGAUAAAUGCUCACGUGCAUGUUCUCAGGUUUAUGAUCCUUAUUGUGGAUACUUAAAUAACUCUGAUGAAGGUCAUUGCUUCCCAAGUCAAUGUGAACUUCUGAUCUAUGAAUGUAAAAAUGGAAUCAAGUUUCCAAUAGUCAAGCACACGCCGCUGACUCCACCGGGUGGAUCAUCAUCUGGAGGAUUUUCUCGACAAUAA